GGGUCCCCAUGCUGCUGACACAGUUACAGGGUUGAGAUCUAAAGACUGUCUCUUUAGAAUUGGCAUGGACGCACCAUCAAUUAUCUGAGCUCCAGGGAAGGGAGCAUUGUGGAGCCUCUUGGAAUGGCUGCCAGGAGAGGAUUGGAACCGCUCAAGGGUAAAUAUGUUGCUACUUCAUGAUGGAUUGGUCUGGUGAAGAUCCCCGUGAAGAAAAUACUCUGAAGACAAUGGAGCUGUGACAUUCUACGUCAACUUGCCAACUGGAACUAUGGAAAUUAUAGAAGAUUGCCAGCACGCUCACGCUGGGCUGGUGCCAAAUGGAUACAUGAACAAGAUUUUUCAAGCCAACCCAGAGGAUGGGAGCACUGAGACACUAAAGAGUUGUGACCUUCAGCACUGCAACUCCAGAGGCAUCAACCAAAAUGCAAGGGAAGAGGCAGCCAGGUAUAAGAAGAAAGCCAAGGGCAACCGGAUUUGGAAUUUUGUUAGCCGAAGGAAAGGUCCCUCCAUGAAUAACAAAAGACCCCAGUCCAUGAUCCUGCUAGGAGACACCUCAGAAACCUUAGAAGAAAAACGCAAGAUGUCCUUCAUGGAGAGGGUGAGGUCCUUUAAAAAGCUAAGAACCUCCAGCAUGUCUAAAAAUGUGGAUUUGAGACCCUCCAAAGCCAAAGUUUCUUGCAUCCCUGAGGAGGACCAGGAGGACAGUGACCAAAGGGCAGUCUACAGGAUUAAGAAACUAGCUGACAGUCAGAGGCCUUUCCGUCAUUCGUAUGCAGGGUACAUUGAUGAUUUGGAUUCUUCCUUUGAAGACGUAGAGUUAAAUGUCAGCAUUCCAGAAAUUGAUGCCAAUGAAAAUAAAUGGCUCAGGGAUAUUAGUGUCAGAAUACACAGUGAAGAUAAUGAUAGUAACUGCCAUAAAAUGUCAGCUAGAAAGAGCAAGCUUUUGAAUUUUGAAAACUCUAAGAGUUCUGCGAUUACACAAAGGGACAAUCAAAAGAGGUGUCCCAUGCUUCCUGAGGAGAGCAGGAGAGGAAAAAGCUCUGAUGUCUGGAGCUAUCUGAAGGGAAUUUCAUUGUCUAGCAAAGAUAAUUCAAAGUUGCUCAGUCAAAGUGUUGAAACAAAUUUCCAGAACUUAGAAGAUAUAACUGAUAAUUCUGCUUCUUAUUUUGACUUUGAUACGAGAUGUGAGGAGAAUCUUAGCCAGCCUAAAAAAUCAAACAGUGAAAUGAAAGCCAGUCACUUUGGUGGUGUUCUUCGGUUCUUUAACAGUGUGGCUGAGACAGCUAGGAAGUGGCGAGGCUCUUCCCGGACUUUUCCGCAGGGAGAGCAAAGACCUCAGUCCAAUUUCAGAAGUCAGAGGCAGGAAGCUUCUUCCCACAAAGAGUCUUUGGUUAUUGAGAAUGAAAAUGCCAGAGUUUUCUCUUCAACGGGAAUGUCAUUGCGGUCUCCAGAUUCUGGGAUUUGGGAUAAUCAUAGUUCUGAGAGUUCAACAGGAAAAGCGCUGCCUCAGCGAAGUGUUGAAGCAGAGUUAUCUCAAGAGAUCAGCAGCUCUGCUCUGAACAAUGAGAAUGAUAGUUUUAACGAACUUUCUGACCUUGGGCCAGGUCCAUCCAUCUCCCCACUGCCAGAACUUCCAGAUGACCAUUAUGCUCUGUUAAGCACACAAGGCUCAUGUAAGGCUCUAUCACAGUUUCCAGACAUGCCUGUGACUGAAUUAGAUGCUCGGGACCCGGGCAGCUCUCCGGCAGCGGAUGCUCUGGACCCGGGCAGCUCUCCGGCGGCGGAUGCUCUGGACCCGGGCAGCUCUCCGGCGGCGGAUGCUCGGGACCCGGGCAGCUCUCCGGCGGCGGAUGCUCGGGACCCGGGCAGCUCUCUGGCGGCGGAUGCUCGGGACCCGGGCAGCUCUCCAGUGGCAGAUGCUCGGGACCCGGGCAGCUCUCUGGCGGCGGAUGCUCGGGAACUUGGAAAUAUUGAGUUACAUUUGAAAGACGGAGCUAAGACUAAACUGGGUAUUCAGGAACUGAGUAGCACUCCAAAGUAUAUUCACGACACUAGGAGUACUCCAGUGGAUAUUCAGGACCUGGAUAAGACUCAAUCACAUUCUCAAGAUCUUUCUAAGAGUAAACUGGAUACUCAGGACCCAGAGAGUGUUCUGACUGGUACUCAAGGCCUCUUUGCAGUUACUCUUUUAAAACAUGCAACAGAUAAUGAGCAAGCUUUAGAACUGGAGGAUUCUCCUUUCAAAGAACAUGAAAUAAGUUUACCAGUAGAACAAAUUUCCAUGGAGAGGCCAGACAAAGCAAGUCACUUUAAGUAUAGUAAAGUGUGCCAUCAGAUCCAGAUGAGCCUCUGUACAAUUGUCUCCUUCGGGGAACUCAACAAUGGAAAGCCCCUGUCUCAUCCUCUUCAUCCAUCACCACAAGCACCUCCUUUCAAAAUCCUUUUGGACAGAUGUCGCUCCUUACCCCUUUCCCAAAGCACUCCGAUGGGGCUGGACCAGCUGGGCUGGAGGAGGCGGCUGUUGCUGAGCACUGGUGCUGAGAAUGACCUGGGUUCAAAGACUCUGGAGGUACGCAGAGAUGGCAGGAAUGGUAGAAGUAGAUGGAAGCCCCUGAAGCCUGGAGCUGAACAGCUGCUAGUCAAUAAACUGAUCAGUGGUGGUUCUAUUGUAAGUGCUGAGGCAGUAUGGGAUCACGUCACCAUGGCCAACCGGGAGUUGGCGUUUAAAGCAGGAGACGUUAUCAAGGUCCUGGAUGCUUCCAACAAGGACUGGUGGUGGGGUCAGAUUGACGAUGAAGAAGGAUGGUUUCCCGCCAGCUUCGUAAGGCUAUGGGUGAACCAAGAAGACGGAGUAGAGGAAGGAACCAGCGAAGUACAGAAUGGCCAUUUGGAUCCAAGCGCCGACUGCCUCUGUCUCAGCAGAACCCUUCAGAACCGGGACCAGAUGAGAGCCAAUGUAAUCAAUGAAAUCAUGAGCACAGAGCGGCACUAUAUCAAGCACCUCAAGGACAUUUGUGAGGGUUAUUUAAAGCAGUGCCGGAAGAGGAGAGACAUGUUCAGUGAUGAACAGUUAAAGGUCAUAUUUGGCAACAUCGAAGAUAUCUACAGGUUUCAGAUGGGUUUUGUCCGGGACUUGGAGAAACAGUAUAACAACGAGGACCCCCACCUCAGUGAAAUUGGACCUUGUUUCCUGGAACAUCAAGACGGGUUCUGGAUCUAUUCGGAGUACUGUAACAAUCACUUGGAUGCGUGUAUGGAGCUGUCCAAGCUGAUGAAAGAUGGCAGGUACCAGCAUUUCUUCGAAGCAUGUCGUUUGUUGCAGCAGAUGAUUGACAUUGCCAUAGAUGGUUUCCUUCUGACACCAGUGCAGAAGAUCUGCAAAUACCCCUUGCAACUGGCAGAGCUGUUGAAGUAUACUGCACAGGAUCACAGUGACUACAGGUACGUGGCUGCUGCACUUGCAGUCAUGAGGAAUGUGACUCAGCAGAUCAAUGAGCGGAAACGGAGACUGGAGAACAUUGACAAGAUAGCUCAGUGGCAGGCCUCAGUCCUGGAUUGGGAGGGAGAUGACAUCUUGGAUCGGAGCUCCGAGUUGAUCUACACUGGGGAGAUGUCCUGGAUUUACCAGCCUUAUGGACGGAACCAGCAGCGUGUUUUCUUCCUCUUUGAUCACCAGAUGGUUCUCUGCAAAAAGGACCUGAUACGAAGAGAUAUUCUGUAUUACAAAGGUCGAAUUGACAUGGAUAAAUAUGAAGUGGUGGAUAUAGAAGACGGGAGAGAUGAUGACUUCAACGUCAGCAUGAAGAAUGCCUUCAAACUUCAUAACAAGGAGACCGAGGAAAUUCACUUAUUCUUUGCCAAGAAGCUGGAGGAGAAACUGCGAUGGCUCAGAGCUUUCAGAGAAGAAAGAAAGAUGGUUCAAGAAGAUGAAAAGAUAGGCUUUGAAAUUUCUGAAAAUCAGAAGCGGCAAGCGGCAAUGACAGUAAGGAAAGUCAGUAAGCAAAAAGGUGUCAGCUACUCCAGGUCGGUUCCUCCAGCCUAUCCACCACCCCAGGAUCCAUUAAAUCAGGGACAAUACAUGGUGACAGAUGGUAUAUCCCAGUCCCAGGUCUUCGAGUUCACCGAACCCAAACGCAGCCAGUCACCAUUCUGGCAAAAUUUCAGCAGGUUAACGCCAUUCAAAAAAUAAUACCUAGAGUGAGAUGGAGAAUUUUAAAAUAAAAAUU